AUGGGAACGCCGCCGCAGCUGAUGGACAUGGUCCUAGACACCGGCAGCCAACUCUCUUGGAUUCAAUGCCACGGCACAGUUAACGGAAAAUCAGUUAAGCCCAGAUUCAAGUGGUUUAACCCUUCUCUCUCCUCCACUUUCUCUUUCCUCCCCUGUAACAGCUCUCUCUGCAAACCCCGAAUUCCCGAUUUUACCCUUCCCACUUCCUGUGACCCACGUCGCCACUGCCACUACUCCUACUUCUACGCCGAUGGGACCUUGGCCGAGGGUAAUCUCGUCACUGAAAAAUUCUCCUUCACCGCCUCUCCCAUCGCUAUCGGCUGCGUUAAGCCCUCCGCCGAAAACAGGGGUAUUUUGGGAAUGAACACCGGACACCUCUCCUUCAUCUCUCAGGCCAAAAUAUCCAAGUUUUCCUAUUGUGUCCCGGGUCGAAGCAGGUCGGAUCUAACCGGGUUGUUCUACCUUGGAGACAACCCGAAUUCGGGUAAAUUCAAAUAUGUCAACAUGUUGACUUUUCCCGAAAGUCAAAACUCCCCGAAUCUUGACAAACUGGCCUACACCCUCCCAAUGAAGGGCAUAAGAAUCGGCGCAGUCCAACUCAAAAUCUCUCCGGCCGUUUUUAAACCGGACCCAACUGGGUCUGGUCAGACAAUGAUUGACUCCGGCUCGGAGUUGACUUACUUGGUAGAUGAAGCUUACAACAAUGUUAGAGCAGAGAUCGUGAGAUUAGUGGGGCCCAUGAUGAAGAAAGGAUAUGAAUACGCCUCCGUCGCCGAUAUGUGUUUCGACGGUGCAAUGGCGGCGGCGGCAGGGCGGAGGAUUGGUGAGAUGUGGUUUCAGUUUGAGAAUGGAGUGGAGAUAUUGGUCGGGAAAGGGGAAGGGUUAUUGACGGUAGUGGAAAAAGGGGUGAAGUGUGUGGGGAUCGGACGGUCAGGUAGGCUCGGGACUGAGAGUAAUAUGAUCGGAAAUGUUCAUCAGCAGAAUAUGUGGGUGGAGUACGAUUUGGCCAAUAAGAGAGUUGGGUUUGGUGGAGCUGUGUGUAGUGGAUUGAAGGCAUGA